CCAGUGUGACAAGAAACGAGAGAGAGAGAGAUAAACACCGAGGAGAGCGAGGGAGAGAGAGAGAGAGGAACCUGCACUGCUCUUUAGCACAAGGGGACAGGAAUUCGCCAGAGAUAAUUAUAAUUGUACACCAUUUUGACAAAGUUGGGCCGCGGGUCGCUGCUGCCUCAUAUGCCCCUGGGAACUACAGUGUGCCUCCGCUUUAUCUCUGCUGGAUCUGGACUCUUCUGCACCGCUCCUUUUCUGUGCGAGUGUCUCAGCUCAGCGGUGUUUUAAAUGGUGAUUGAUCUAUAUGCACGUUGUGCUUUAGAGAACUCAUCUGAUCUGAAAGCCACUGACAAAAACUGAUGAAGAAGAGAAGCCAGUGAAAUGAAGAAGAAGAGUUUGUUGGAUUAUCUACACUGACACAGAAACGUCUCACAACGUCCACCCACUGACACAAUGAGGACCUGAAACUGAGGGAAAACUAACUUUAUUCUGAGAAAGAAGUCUCAGUUUUCCAAUACACAGUCCUUUGGGCCUUGCUGGUCUGAUAAAGACUACUUCACACAAGCCACGCACACAAAGCAGAUGUUAAAACUACACAAGUUGUUUUUAUGGUGCCAGUUGCACACAGAGUUUGAGUAACUGGUUCACUGACAGUGUCAGAUGAAGAUGGAUGGAUGGUGUAGCAUCCAGUAACUGGAUAGUGCUAAAUGAGCUGCUGUGUAAGCAGCUGGAUCUCUGGAUGAUAGAAAGUAAAUAGCAUUUUAACUGACUGGCAAAGCAAAGCUAGACAUCCCUAGAUGUGCAGCUGCAGAUAGCAGUAGUUUGAAGUUAUACCGAGUUUGUGAAAGGCCAGCUGGACAGGGUAGAUUAGCUCAUACAAUGAAUCCUAGAGACAGUAUUGAGGUGAUGGAGACCCAGGCUGGAGGUCAGAAGGAGAAGCUGGUUGCAGAUAAGACCUACCCUGGAAAUAAGAUUGACGGUGAGGAUGACAAGAUCCCUGGAGCAUACGACUGCAGUGUCUGUGGACGUAGCUUCCCAUUCCUCAGCUCACUGUCGCAGCAUAUGAGACGCCACACGGGUGCACGCCCUUACAAGUGCCCCUACUGUGACCACAGGGCCUCUCAGAAGGGCAACCUCAAAGUUCACAUCCGCAGCCAUAAACUGGGCACCCUGUCUAGCCACCACUCCAAUGAGGAUGAAGAGGGUGGGGCUGAAGAGGAGGAGAUGAGUGUUUCAGAGGGUCUGGAUGGAGGCACGAGUCCAACUAAGAGCAGCUCAGCCUGUAACCGAAUGGUCAAUGGGGAUAGUGGUGAGGACAGUCGGAGAAAAGUGCCUGCACGGAACUUGAAAAGGGAGAAGCCUGUCACUGACCAGCAGCCUUACUGUUGCCGUCUUUGUGGCUACGAGGCCCAGAGGGAAGACCAGCUCCUUAGCCACAUUGAAAAGGUCCACAUCACAGCAGACACAGAAGAGGACACCACUGUUAAGGAAGAGGCUCUGACCGAAUCCGAUGUUAUCCAACCCCAGAAUGAUGGGACCUUUCCCUGUGAAACCUGCGGCCAGGUAUUUACCCAGGCCUGGUUUUUAAAAUCACAUAUGAAGAAACAUGCAGGGAUCCUGGACCACUGCUGUCGUAUCUGUGGACGACGGUUCCGUGAAGCGUGGUUUCUCAAAUCUCACAUGAAAACACACAACACCAAAUCCAAGUCACGGUCAAAAGUAGAUUCAGCUGAGCAUCCGGCCACCAUCAACAAUGUAGCCCAGAAUCCUGAUACAGUUACUGGCUCUGUUCCCUCUAUCUAUCAAAUGUGCUCCAAAUGUGGGAACCUGUUCCACAGCAGAGAGAGUCUGAGAGCUCAUGAUCAAAUCCACAGUUUCGGCUAUGGCAGGAAAUCCCAAAGCCCAUGCAGACCCAAUGAUGAUGAGGACUCACCUGCUGCUAAGAGACACUUACUUGACUACUUAAACCUCCAACCUGUUGAAGAAAAGACCCUGGACGAAGACGACGAAAAUAAGAACAACCUUCUGGGUCAAAGAAUCCCAGAGCUAGAUCCAAUUUGCAGCUACCAGGCCUGGCAAUUAGCCACUAAAGGAAGGGUUGUGGAGCCAGUGGAACCAACUUACAAAGCACCCUUUGGUGGAGGAAGUAUAGGGGAGGAGGCCCUCGCUGGAGCCACUGUGGUUUUUGAAAAGGAGAGCAGUCGUUAUGUCCUAAAAGGUCAAGAGAAACGCAGCUCAGGCAGACGCAGCAGCACUGGAUUGGGAAGCCAUACCUCUUCAGGGGACCGGACACCAGAGAGCCUCAGUGACUCUGAGUACCGGCCUUUGUCUCGACAGGAGCGACGACGGUCAUCCCAAUCGCAAUCUUCCUCCAAGUCCAAUGAGUGCUUUGAGUGUGGGAAGGUGUUUCGCAGUCGUCAUCAGAUGGUCGUCCACCAGCGGGUUCACAGGAAGGAAGGAAGCAGGGCAUCUGUCGGAGACAAAGAAAAACCUGCAAGGGGUGACCGAUGGGGCUCCCCCAGUGAUCCAGAGUCAGGCUCCCCUAGCCGGCCCAGCACUCCGGGGUACGGAGACUCUCCGCCAGCCUCCACCCUUGGAGACCAGGCUUCAGAGAUGGGUACAGCAAAGUCCGGAGAGUUUUCAGAUGAGAAGCCUUACAUCUGCAGUAUGUGUGACUUUGUUACCACAGAGUCACAUGCUUAUCUGACUCAUGUUCGCGUCCAACAUCCGGCAGGCCUCGAGGAUACACCCAGCCCCGUUACCAGCUCCAGCUCUAGCUCAGACAGAGGCACCCCGAGUGGUUAUCCCAAGCUGAAGAAAGCUCUUCUUCAGGGAAUGAACAACUCUGCAUCCUCUCCCGCUUACCUCUCAGCUCGAUCCUCUCCACUCGAUGCCAGCAUGACCCCUGUGGAUCUAUGUGUGAGGGCCGAGGGCUGCAGAGGCAUAGCCUCCUUAAGCCUGGACAGGAAGAGCCUCCCUAGCCACAAGUGCUCCUUCUGCUCCCACUCCACCCGCUACCCCGAGGUUCUCUGGAUGCACCAGACAGUGGCUCACCGCAUCAACAGCAGUAGCUCCAAUCUGGCUCCUAAAUGGGCUGUGAAAACCAUCUCAAAGGGCUCCAGGAAUAGUUCGUUCUCCUCCAGGCGACCUUCAGUGAUACGCACCCAACGUACACGCCCCCCAAACUACUCCAGCGAGGUUCUAAAGAAGAACAGGCCAGCUAGUAAUGCAGCCACACCAUCAUCGUCCUCCUCUUCUACUGCCUCCUCCUCAUUCUCCAGGGGAUCAUCAUCCACUUCAAGCACCCAAGCUGGGAGAGUCCCUGUACGGCCUGGCAGCAGCACCAGCAGCGGCAGCGCAAGACACACGGAGGACCAGAGUCAUCAGUCUCGCUUUAAGCCCAAAGUUGAUAUUUACCCUCGAGGAAGCUCGCUGUCAUCCUCCAGCUCCUUAGAGAAGAGCACUGCUGCUCUCUCAUGUCUCUCAGCCCCAAAGCCCAGCUCUGCUUCCAGGAUGGCAGACCGCUAUUUGAUGCCUCAAGAGGGCCUGGGCUUCAUGUUGUCCAGCAAGCAUGGCCUAGCAGAAUACAGCCUAGCCAGGGGCACUCCUCAUCAAUCGCUUCACUAUUCCCACAGCCAGAGCCAGGCUAACGCUAUGAGGCCCAGCACCAUCACCCAUAGCUCCACAGCAGGGCACAGUUAUGGAACCUCCCAAGCGCACGGAGGCACUCUGCAGAAUUCUUCCUCUUCUUCUUUGCCCUCAGAGGCUCAUGGAGAUAUGAAGAAAGAGCCAAUCACAAAGGCACAGGAGAUGCCAGCUGAUAUUGUCAACAUCCUCAAAAGCCACAGCCCACAUGAACUGGCAGCCCUCUACCACUGCUGGGGUGCAACCAAUGCCCUGCUGGAUUCAACUGGGAUGCUGAGGUCUCUCAUGCGACAGGGGCAGUAUUUCUGUCACGAGUGUGGGAAGAGUUUCAGUCAGCCCAGCCACCUGCGCACUCACAUGAGAUCCCAUACAGGGGAGAGGCCAUUCUGCUGCCAGCUCUGCCCAUACCGGGCCUCUCAGAAAGGGAACCUAAAGACGCAUGUGCAGAGUGUCCACCAUAUGCCUUUUGACAACAGCCAGUACCCAGACACAAGGAGCUUGUUACUGGGCCAGGAGGUACAAGGAGAGCUGGCUGUCAAACAUCCACCAAAAACACCACAACAGCAGUAAAUAGACCAGGACUGGGACUUGGGACCAGAUAAGUCAACCUGAUAGCAUGUCACCGGGGUGCAGGACCCAAGACUAAUGACUGACUAAUAACCGCAAAAUAAUUUUCUACAGUAAAUGAAGGUUAUUGUAGUUUUUGAUAGUUUUUUUUUUCUAUAAAGAAGCAAGUUAAAUUGCUGUGAAGCAGUUGUAAAAUCACAGAAUGGGGCCAUAGAUGAAGAGUGUCUUAUCUCCUAAAGGAAAGAAUUCACAGUGAAAUUCUGCAGUUUGAAAUUCAGGUGUGCAUUUUUCUCCACACAGAGGAGCUGAACUGUGAAAUGCUCGACUCACCAGUGUUCAUCCUUGUGCAUCUCUUGGCCUCCUUUAUUUUGAAGUUUAGCAAACUUGUGAGUAGUUUACAUCAUCUUAUAGCAUUUCUGAAUAUAGAUGCUCUCUGAAUUGAAGAGUUACCUCUCGCUGCCAAUUUGGAGGUACUGGCAAGUAAAUGCUCUGUUUUUAUGUAAAGAAGAGGAGAAACUGAACUUGAAUGCAGCUGCAUUUUAAUCAAGGAAUGUGGCAUUGCAUGGCUACUGUAGUUGCCCCCACCCCACCCCUUCUGGCUUUUCUGUAUCAGUUGUGCGUUCCUCAGGACACCAAUCAUCUAAGAGAUUAAGAGACGAUGCACCUCCAGUUCACCAACCGUCAACUGAAACAUCGCAAGUUUGUCACCUCUGAGAUCUAAGUCAUGAAGAUGAAGACUUGCAUCCGUGUGUGUGUGUGUGUAUAUGUCUGUGUGAACACUUGUGUUAAACUCACUUUCCUUCACUCCCGAGUGCAAUGCUAGGAGUGCGGCGACCGCUCUGAGGGUGUGUAGCUGAUGAUUAGAAGGAGAGAGAGAGAGAGAGAGAGAGACUGCUGGAGGUAGGUAGGGUUAAAUAGAGAGAGAGAACGCUAAUGGGGGUGUCUGCUUUAGCGCUCAUUAAAAAGAGUGCAUUUUUAAUAGCCAAUAUAAAUGAGUGCACAAUUUUUAUGGCCAUUCACUUAUUGUCAGUUUAUAAGAGGAGGGGACUGAGUGGAAGUAGUUUUCCUUCGUAGCACCUUCAUAUUAGAAAGUGUUUCCAACACAGACACCUCUGACUUUGAAUUAGAUUGACUUCAAAACUGUGGAGGUGGCAGGAGAAUAUUAGCCCAGUGUGGACUGUGCAGAAUAUACAGCAUGUGUAUUUGCAAAGCAGAAAUCGGUACUGCUAGCGUUAGCCAGCAAUGAUGUAUCAUAAUUUUGCUUUGCUAAAGGGCAACUCUGACUGUUUGGCAGUUUCCAAACCUAUUGUGAGAUGAAUGUUUGGGUACCAAAGUCAUCUCAGUCUUUCUGGUAGAGAGGCUGUCAGAAGCACGCAAUGCCUUACCAUGGCACCUCCCAACCUAAGGGGUCAGUGCUCCACUGGGGUCGCAAUACAGAUGCAUGAAACGUUUCGGUGUUUGCAGUCUUUGUGCUAAGUCAAGCUAAAUGGCUGCUUCAUAUACGCUGUACAGGUAUGAAGGUGGUAUUGAUCUUGCAUCUGAUAUUCUUUAACAAAAUGCAUACAUGUAUUUCCAAAAAUGUUGAAAUAUGUCUUUCAGCUUUUGAGUAAAAUAGACAUCUAGGUCAAAAUAAAACAAAGAAACAGCUAACGCAGAGAUUAUUUUGUUACAAAAACAUUUAAGCAGACUAAUGAGUCAAGCAUCUAUGCUGUCAAUCAAAUUUCUUGAAUGGUGAUGUUAAGAUUUGCUAGGAGGACAGAGUGAGGAGGUCAGAUGGAGAGAGCAGCCAGAGGUCAGGAGGUCAGGCUUUCAGAGAGUUCAGGGAUAAAAAACACGAGGAGGAGAUAUGUUGAAGCCUUUUUAAGUUGUAGAACCAUCACAGCCUUAACACAGGUGUGUGUGAGAGUGUGCAUGUGUGCAUUUUUUAAGCCUCUUUAUAGCAUACAAGAGGAUGACUACUUUGUCUACUACAGCCUCCCUUUAGAAGCUCUAUAUACUAGCCUACCUCCUCUGUAGUGAAAGCCUACUUUAAGUCUGUUGGCUGGUAUAAGCUUAGAACUGUUCUUCGCUAGGAUGAAAUGCUUUCUGUUGUCCUGUGCUUCAUUUUCUUUUCUCAGUUAUCCUCGUGAUUGAAUAAGCCAUGUCUUGAGACACUGGGGAAAAGAAAGAGGAAUGAAAGGCAGUUCAAAGUGGCUCCAACUGAAAGAGCGAGAGCAGAACUGUUGAUUUGCAGAGACAUUUUUCUACACAUUAAAUCAAAUUUCACACAGAUUAGUUACAAAUUACAGAGCAUAGAGUACUGUACUUUCCGUCUAUUUUUAGACCUAAGUAGUUUUUACAUGAUGAAGUGGUUGCUAUGCCAGUGGCUCAUUUAGAUAUGCAUACAAUAUUGUGUGCUUGAAUAUGCCUAAUAAUACACACGUGUAUAUUGAAGGUAUGGGUAGUGAAAAUACUUGAAACAGAUACUCUAGCCUUCGAGGUAGUGUAGUACUAAUACCAAUGUUGUACAGAAUUCCCUUUAAGAUUAAUUCCUCAGUUAUGACUUUGUACUCCGAAGUGUGACUUAGAACAUCUAUGAAGCAAGAGCGAGUGUAUGUAAUGUAAACUGCAUAACUGUAAUCCACCAAACCCUUUAUAUACAGCAGUAGAAACCAAAUGGCAUUACUAGUGCACUUAGACUAGGUUACUGCUUUAACCUCUCUCAUUUUGUCCAGUUUUAGCUAAGGUAAGGUUUCUUUGAGAAUGUCUUUUUAAUGGUGCCGGCUAACACGAUCCAGUGUAAUCUCUGGUUUAGAGGCUUUUUUCCUUUCAUUGUUUGUUUGUUAGGAUGAUUCCAUACGUUUUAAUGAAAAGUGAUUUGUUCUGUGACGACUAUGUGGCACAGCUUUUUAGCUACAUUUCCUCAUGGGAAGUUUGAUAAUGCUAGGUGCAGCAGUGCUUAUUUUAGAGUGUGUUUUUAGUCGCUCUCUUUGCUAAACCAUAAGAUUUGUUCAGUAGCUAGUCAUGGCUGCGCUCCCAGAGGGGCUGGCAUGUGCUGUUCUUUUCUCUUUGGUUGGGUUUUAUCAUGGUUCUUAAGUUGUAUUAUUUGUGUCUGUAUUGCUUUUUUUAUUUGUUAUGAGCUUCAUGAUUAAUUUACCUUAGAAAACAUUAUUAUUACAAAUGUAUUUGGUUGAUAUCUAUAUUUAUUAUCACUUCAAAAAGCAUGAGAGGACAGAGGCAGACAGCAGCGUUUGUUUUAAUUAGCUUUUUCUGUGUUGUUUUUGUUUUUAUACUGUGUAGUUUUCAAGCCAGCAAGCCAAUGUGAAAGCUCUACCUCGUCUGAGCCAUUCUCAGUUCUGUUACACUUUUGUACAUCAUUUCAAAAAGAUGUAAUGUCAUGUCCACAAUAAAGACACAAAAAAUGGCACCUGUUGAUGCUGUUUCAUCUGGUUUUGCUUGUUUGUGUUAAAUUUUCCUCAGCUGCUGUGACUCAACAUGUCCAAGUUUAGAUGAAAAAGCUUACAUAUUCACAGUUUGUAGUUGUUAGUUGUCUUUGUUACUCGUACUGCUGAUGUGAGGUGCAGUGCCUUCUC